AUGGUCACGAACUGGUACGCGAUCCUCGAGCUGGAGCCAACGGCCUCUGCGGCUGAAAUCCGAUCGGCGUACCGGAAGCAGGCGCUCCGGUCGCACCCCGACCGUGCGCCGACGGGGGAAAAAGAGCAGGCGACCGCCAAGUUCAAGAUGGUCGCCGAGGCGUACGAGGUGCUCGGCGACGACCGCCGCCGCUGGGAAUACGACCGGUUCGAGUACCCUCUGCUGGAUGGUAGCAUGCCUGCAGAUGCCUUUGAUAUGAACCACUCGUCGACGUCGCCCAACGGCCACUCGUUCGUGUGGGAGAGCAGCUUCGACUCGGCGCGGCGUGCCCAGCAAGGGCGGUACGGCCCCGAGGGCUUCGCGCGUGGUGCUUUCGACCCCUUUGAGCUCUUCAACUCGAUGUUUGCGCGCGACUUUCACGAGAUGGAGGCGGCCGACGCGUCGGCGAGCUUCGACGACCCUUUUGCGCAGAUGCGCGGCAGCGCAGCACGCAGCGCAAGUGAUCCCUUCGCAGACUUCCACACCGGCGCGAGUCCGUUUGGCGCUGGUACGAGCCCCUUUUCGAUGAUGGGCGGCUUUCCGCCGAUGCAUACGAGCCAUGCCGGCCGUGGCAUGUCGACGUUUUCGAGUACGAGCAACUUUUCUACGUUGGGCGGCUCACAGGGCAACUUUGCCAGCGAGAGCCGCAAGACGACCAUUGUCAAUGGCCAGCGCGAGACGGUCAUCACCAAGCGCGACGCACAAGGCAACGAGACCGUGCGCCGCAUCACGCCGCAGGGCGAGACGGUGCACGUCAACGGCCAACUUCAGUCCACAAUCGAGGCGCCAAAGCACCCCAGCGUGGACAUGAUCGCAAACGAGGAGACCGCUUCCAACUCCUCCCAGCGCUCGGACCCCACGUCAACCACGCGCCGGAAAAAGUGGAAGCUGUUCUGA